AAAGGUUUUUAGCAAGAAGGUGCAAUUGUCUCACUUUCACCAACAUAUGAUCCAUGUUGCUAAUUAGUGGCUAAGAAGAGAUGAUUAUCAAUAGCAAUAUGAUAUAUGUGGGUAAAGCUUUAGUAAAAUUUAGAAAAUUUCAGCAACAUGGGUCUUGUUGCUGAAAUUCACUUUCAACAACAAGAACCAUGUUGCUGAAAGUGCAUCUCAUUCUGCCACCCACCCGGUCGCUGGGAUUGGUUGCUACGCGGGGGCCGGAGGUUGGGAGCACUUUCAGCAACAAGAGGCAUGUUGCUGAAAGUGCAAGAGGUGAUCAAAAGAGGGACACUUUCAACAACCUGUCCCUUGUUGCUGAAAGUGCAAGGGGUUGCCGAAGCAACAAGAGGCUUGUUGCUGAAAGUGCAAGAGGUGAUCAAAAGAGAGACACUUUUAGCAACAUGCCCCUUGUUGCUGAAAGUGCAAGGGGUGGCCGGAGUUGGGAGCACUUUCAGCAACAAGAGGUGAUCAAAAGAGAGACACUUUCAGCAACAUGCCCCUUGUUGCUGAAAGUGAAUUUCAGCAACAAGGAACUCGUUGCUGAAAAGUGGAGCUCAUUUAAAUGGCCAAGAAUUGACCGGAAAAUAUCAACAAGAUGGAGUAUGUUACUUUCAGCAACAAGAAGUGUAUUGGUGAAAGUGGGGUAGCUUUUUGAAUGAAUUGGUGCACUGUAG